AUGACUGAGGCAGCCAUGGACGUCGACGGCGGCGACGCGCCGCAGAGGCAGAAGGCGAGCGCCGUGGAUGCGAACGACGCCAAGAAGAACCAGAUGUGGGUGGAGAAGUAUCGGCCCAGUAAGCUCUCCGACGUCGCCGCGCACAAGGACAUCAUCGACACCAUCGGCAGGCUCACCAGUCAGGACCGGCUGCCGUACCUUCUGCUGUACGGUCCGCCCGGUACCGGCAAGACGUCCACGAUCCUCGCGGUGGCGAAAGAGCUCUACGGACCGCAGUUUUCGCAGAUGACCCUGGAACUGAACGCCUCCGACGAUCGCGGCAUCGACGUCGUGAGGAACGAGAUCAGCGCGUUCGCGUCCACCAUGCGUUUCGGCUCCAACGCCGGGUUCAAGCUCAUCAUCCUCGACGAGUGCGACUCCAUGACCAAAGACGCCCAAUUCGCGCUUCGUCGAAUCAUCGAAAAGUACACCAAGCACACCCGCUUCUGCCUCAUCGGCAACUACGUCUCGAAGGUGAUCCCCGCGCUCCAGUCGAGGUGCACCAGGUUCAGGUUCUCGCCCCUCGGGCCAAACGCCGUGAAGGACCGCGUGCAGUUCGUGGUGCGUCAGGAGAACCUCCAAAUCACGGAUGACGCCAUCGACGCGGUGACGCGACUCGGGGCGGGUGACAUGCGAAGGACGCUGAACAUCCUGCAGUCGUCGUUCCUGUCGAAGGAGGGCGACGGGCCGAUCGACGCGAACUCCGUCUACGCCACCACCGGACAGCCGAGGCCCGAGGACAUCGAGGCCAUCGCGGGCGUGCUGCUCAACUCGAACUUCAAGGAGGCGGUGGCGAAAGUCGCCGCCAUCAAGCAGGAGCGGGGGUUGGCGCUGGCGGACAUCGUGAGGCUUUUGGUCGAAUACGUGUUCAGGUUGCACAUGCCGCAGCUGGCGCGCGCUAAUCUGGUAAGCGACAUGGCCGACGUGGAGUAUAGGCUGGCCUACGUGACGCACGAGCGGUUGCAGCUGAUGGCGCUGGUGGGCGCGUUCGCUAACGCGAGGGAGGCGAUCGUCGCGGCUGCAAAGUGA